AUGGAGCUGAGAGUCCUCCUGCAGCUUCUGCUCUGCUUCCCAGGUCUCCAUGCUCAAACAACCAAUGAUGUGGAAACCCAACCAGAAGGAAGCACUUUCUUCCUGCAGUGUCCUUACACAGCACAGGUUCGCCAGAACUGGAAAGCCUGGUGCCGCCUCAUAGGUGGACAGUGUGAGAUCGUAGUGGAGACGACCAAUCCAACACAAGACUGGUACCCAAAAAAGGCCACAAAAGGGAAAGUUACAAUAGAGGACAACCCCAUACUUAGGAUGGUGUUCAUCAGCAUGUCUAAUCUCCAGGCAGAAGACUCGGGCACAUACUGCUGUGCUUACCUAAGCCAAGGUUCUGGGUAUCAACCACUAAAGAUGAUCACGCUCCAGGUUUACAAAGAGGUGCAGAAGGACGAGCUGGACAGUCUCUCUGUGCAGAUCAAAUACAACAACUUCGUGCACUCCAUGGAUACAAUAUCCUGGUGUCGAAGAGAAGGUGAGACUGUGUGUGUUCCCUUGGUGAGAAGUCAGCUCUAUAAAAUACGGGGUAACAACAAACCCAUGGAAGACAGAGUCUCGAUCCAGGAUGACACCUGGGAAAGGACUGUCACCAUCACCAUGCAGAAGCUGCAGGCCCAAGACACUGGUGUCUACUGGUUUGCACACUACAGAGGCUCUCAUUACUUCACAAACCUGGAGGUCAGGCUGUCUGUGUCCAAGAGGACACAACAUUACACAGCCAAGGAGUUGGGCAAUGUCUCUGUUCAGUGUCCAUACAGCGCCCCCUACUAUGGGGCUCUGAGCAAAGCCUGGUGCAAAGUGGGAGACAGGGAAACAUGCACCACACUGGUCUCCACGGAUUCAAGGCCCUCAGAGAAUCGCCAGAAAGGCGAGCAUGACAGAGUCAUGAUCUGGGAUGACACCCAGCAGGGGAUUGUCACCAUCACAAUGGAGGAGCUGCAGGCACAGGACUCUGGCAUGUACUGGUGUGUGCUCAAUGAUUCACGUCGUGUUUUCCGAAUGGUAGAAGUUACACUCAGUGUUUUGGAGGGUCUCCAUGCUCAAACAAUCAUUGAUGAGGAAAGCCGACCAGAAGGAAGCACUUUCUUCCUGCAGUGUCCUUACGCACCUCAGGUCCGGAAGAACCAGAAAGCCUGGUGCCACAACAGAGAUGGACAGUGUGAGAUCAUAGUGCAGACGACCAAUCCAACACAAGACUGGUACACAAAAAAGGCCACAAAUGGGAAAGUUACAAUAGAGGACAACCCCAAACUUGGGACGGUGUCCAUCAGCAUGACUAAUCUCCAGGCAGAAGACUCAGGCACAUACUACUGUGCUUACAUAACCCAAGGUUUUGGGUAUCAACCACUAAAGAUGAUCAUUCUCCAUGUUUACAAGGAGGUGCAGAAGGAUGAGCUGGACAGUUUCUCUGUGCAGAUCAGAUACAACAGCCAUGUGCUUAGCACAGAUACAAUAUCCUGGUGUCGAAGAGAAGGUGAGACUGUGUGUGUUCCCUUGGUGAGAAGUCAGCUCUAUAAAAUACGGGGUAACAACAAACCCAUGGAAGACAGAGUCUCGAUCCAGGAUGACACCUGGGAAAGGACUGUCACCAUCACCAUGCAGAAGCUGCAGGCCCAAGACACUGGUGUCUACUGGUUUGCACACUACAGAGGCUCUCAUUACUUCACAAACCUGGAGGUCAGGCUGUCUGUGUCCAAGAGGACACAACAUUACACAGCCAAGGAGUUGGGCAAUGUCUCUGUUCAGUGUCCAUACAGCGCCCCCUACUAUGGGGCUCUGAGCAAAGCCUGGUGCAAAGUGGGAGACAGGGAAACAUGCACCACACUGGUCUCCACGGAUUCAAGGCCCUCAGAGAAUCGCCAGAAAGGCGAGCAUGACAGAGUCAUGAUCUGGGAUGACACCCAGCAGGGGAUUGUCACCAUCACAAUGGAGGAGCUGCAGGCACAGGACUCUGGCAUGUACUGGUGUGUGCUCAAUGAUUCACGUCGUGUUUUCCGAAUGGUAGAAGUUACACUCAGUGUUUUGGAGGUAUUGGCUGGAACAUCUUUGCCAGGUAAUGCAGGCAUAAGUCACACAACCCCUUCUGCCAACACCUCAGCACCAAGCUUCAGCUCUAAUGUAAACACCUUCAUCCUACUCUCUGUGGUCCUGAGCCUCCUGUUCAUCCUCGUACUCAUCAGCUUGAUAACACUGUGUGUCAGGCGGCACAAGCAGCUGAAGAGAAGAGGCACCAGACAAGCAGAGGACAUCUAUGACAAGCCAGAGGACACAGCACAGCUUGACAGCACUGAAAGAAUGGAAAGUCCCAAGGUUGACAGCAAAGACCUACAAUAUGUUACCCUGAACUUUAAAUCUCAACUGAGCCCUGAGGAUCCUGUCUACUGCAAUGUCGAUUCAAGUAAGACUCACAGGAAACCUAAAGACGAAAAUGUGGAAUAUGCUACCAUUGCACUCAAGCAGUUACCAACAAAUAACAAAGGAUAA